UAGCCAAUAGCAAGAUGUACAUUGUUGUGCAAGUGUGUGUAAUGAGUAGGCACAGAGCAGCGAGUGGAGACACAGGAGCUGCGCGGAGACUGAGUACAACUUGGUGCCGGACUGUCCUGUGUCACUGUCACUGCGGCCGGACCUGCUGUCUGGGGUCGGAUCUCUCAGCUGUGCGGGGGAGUCAGUCAGAGGUGUGACAGCCAAGGUCACUCUCACGCCCGGGUGCAGUUGCACUUUAUCUGGGAGACGGCGGGAGAGAGUGCGGGCAGUGCGGGAGAGCAGGCUGUUGGUAGGAGGGUGCGUGGCCUGAGAGCAAUUGAGCUUAGAGAAGUCUGUUGUGGCCGAAUCGCGGGCUAAAGGUUCGGAGGGCGUCUAUUGCUGAGAGUUCUGGGCUAAUCUAAUGUGAGACUGGCAUAAGGAAAACUGUUGGCUCUAAUGGAAUAAUCCGCUGGUGCCGGACUGUAGGCGAGGGGUACAACAGGUUUAGUCUGGCACAAGGGCAUAGAAAGUAACCCCAAACGGGUCACCCUAAAUCUCCUCAUUGGGCCUAUAGGGCAGUGAGUGCAGUUAUUGGCGCUUUACUGUAGCGCAUAGAGUGUGUAUAGAGUUGUACCAGUCAGGGGAGUUUGUGCCCUUUCCAGUCCCGUGUGACACAGGGCUCCCGGUUAAGUAAGGCUGGGAUAUAUAUAUCUAUAUAUAUAUAUAUAGAUAUAUAUAUAUAGGAUAUACACUGGGCCAGUCCAUUUAUUAUAAGGAGUGUAGGGAAUCGAUUGUAGAAUGGAGCUGAAUGGUCCCACGAGUUCCCAGAUUGCUCAGACCCCCACUUCUACCGCAUCACUUCCAGUCACCAUGGCAGGUACUCUCCUGCGGGGCCCCCAGUUGUUGCUCCGCGCCGCAGAGAAGUAUCCCCGCACCCCCAAGUGCGCCCGAUGCAGAAAUCACGGGGUCGUGUCCGCGCUCAAGGGCCACAAGCGCUACUGUCGCUGGAAAGACUGUAUGUGCGCAAAGUGCACCCUGAUUGCGGAGCGCCAGAGGGUGAUGGCCGCGCAAGUUGCGCUCCGCAGGCAGCAAGCCCAGGAGGAAAAUGAGGCCCGGGAGCUGCAGCUGCUCUAUGGAACUGCCGAGGGACUGGCACUGGCGGCGGCCAAUGGCAUCAUCCCACCCCGGCCAGCCUACGAGGUCUUCGGAACGGUGUGUGGUGAAGGAGGGACAGAUUCAAAGAUUCAAAAGUUUGAGCUAUUCCCGAAGAGCCUCAUCCCCAGAUCUAUGACCCCUCAGCUGUCUUCUGGGGGAAAGCCUGUAUCCCCAGACAGUGAAUCGGUGUCAGGCAGUGCACCAGGUGCCUCAUCCCCUGAGGCACGACCUGGUUCUGGUUCAGAAAAUGGAGAUGGGGAGUCCUUGCUCAGUUCCCCCAUCUCUAAGGUGCUCAAGGAAGGAGAGGAAAGCCCAAGCUCAAUCAGCCCCCUGGGCUCAGAAUCUGGAUCAGAUGCUGAAAAAGAUGAGCAGGAUCCCAGUUCUUCCUCCUCAGCCAAGCAAAGGACCCCCAUAGAUAUCCUGACCCGGGUCUUCCCUGCUCAGAAGAGGAGCGUUUUGGAACUGGUGCUGCAAGGCUGUGGGGGAGAUGUGGUUCAAGCAAUUGAACAGAUACUGAACAACAGGGGUCAAGAUAAGGGUGAAGAGACCUGGUCAAGAGAUGGAGCCCUCCAGAGUAUUCAGCCAUCUGUGUCCUCCACACACAGACCCCUUAUUGCUGGGGCCCUUACUCCUGCUAUUGGCACAUUAGGGAGCAGGUCUGCAUUCUCCCCUUUACAACCCAAUGCCACACACUUUGGCACUGAGGCUAACGCAUACCAGCUAGGUGGGCACAUUGGCUUGAACCCACUGAGGUUGGCCUAUUCUGCUCACAGUAGAGGACUUGCUUUUAUGGCCCCUUACUCAACAGCUGGAUUCAUGCCUACCCUUGGCUUUCGCCCACCCAUGGACUAUGCCUUCAGUGACCUUAUGAGGGACAGGGCCAAUGUCCAUAAGGACCAGGUAUACACUAAUGGACUCUAUGGGCCAGUGGUCAAUAAUAAUGCCGAUAAACAAUGAAAUUUUUUUUACAAGGAGCUGAAAACCCUGGUUUUGCAGACUUGGAUUCUGAUUUCAGAGCAGGGAUUAGAUGACAAUUGUCGUAAAGUCUUAAGAAUGUCUCAAGUAAUUAAGACGGCUGAGGCCCAUUCUGGAGAAAGAACUAGUUAGGUAGAACACUGUAAAGACAUUCCUGUUCUCUGCAAGGCAUCCUGAUGCUUCUGGAUAUGUGGAGGAAAUGGAGAUUCCUAAAUCACUAAAAAUAUAAACUGCACUUUUUCUGUUAAAAAAAAGGGUUGAGGUUGUCUCUGCUUAAGGACAGAAGCAUGGACAAUCCAUUGUGAUAUUAUAAAUAUAGACAUAUAUAAAUAUAUACACUUCUAAUGUUAUGAGCUGGGAUCCUAAGUUAUUCUUGUAAGUUGACUGUGAACCCUUUCUAAUGAUAACAAGGAGCCUCAUACUGGCAGGUUACAAGUGAAAUAAGGUGCAGCACUGGAGACUGCUCUGUGUGUACAGACGUGGGAGAAAUGGGGUUGCAGCACUCGCAUCGACGCUUUUUUUGGUGAAUUUUCAAACUAUUGCUGUUGGUUUAAUUGUUUAGAAAACUGUUUAACAACUUUAUGUGACCGUUCCCUAAGCAUUAGAAAUAAAUGUUAUUUUCUAAAA